UGCAUAGGGUGGCAAGACCCUCUCCCUGGCGGCAGAUGCCUGGGCUCCCCUCCAGGGGCUGGGACACUGGGAGAGCCCUCGGAGCUGUGCCCACAGCUGCCGAUCCUUCCCAGACUGAAAAGGGCAAGUGUGCGUUGGUGGGGGUUGGGGCUGCUCAGACCUCGGACACAGGCCUCACUGGGCUCCCGGAGCUGUGUCCUGCGGGAGGUAACGAGGUCCAGGCGGAACUAAGAAGGCCAGGGAACAGCUGAAGAAGAUGGCAGAUUGCUACACGGAGCUGGAGAAGGCUGUUGUCGUUCUGGUGGAGAACUUCUACAAAUACGUGUCUAAGCACAGCCUGGUCAAGAACAAGAUCAGCAAGAGCAGCUUCCGCAAGAUGCUCCAGAAAGAGCUGAACCACAUGCUAACGGACACGGGAAACCGAAAGGCUGCUGACAAGCUCAUCCAUGACCUGGACGCCAAUCAUGACGGGCGCAUCAGCUUUGACGAGUACUGGACCUUAAUAGGCGGCAUCACCAGCCCCAUCGCCAACCUCAUCCGAGAGCAGGAGCAGCAGAGCUAGAGCCCGACCCCUGCCGGCCCUGGUGUUCAUCCCAGUCUUCCUUUUCAGCCUCCGGGCCCUUCCAGCCCCUUUCCUGCCCUCUCCCUCUGGAUGUCUCCCGACUCUUGCUGAACAGCGGAGGGGAGAGGUCAGGGUUUCUUUGAGGGUCUCAGUCUGGGGUGCUUUUCCUCAGGGUCUCAGUCCCUGGAUCCAGCAGAUGCUCAGCGCUCCUCUGUGAGAUCUCACUGCUGUUGGGGACCCCAUACAAUGUCCUCACUUGUUCAGUCCGUUCACCCUUCCAACACCUGUUGGUGUUCCUGUCCGGUCCCUGCCUGAUUCUGGGACUGUCCUGACAGCCAGAGGCAAGGUUCCUGAUGAGGUCUCCCUGUUCCUGUUGGCAGCAGCAGAGACCUCCCCCUCCCCCUCAGCCCUUCCUGGGGGUGGGGUCACCUUCAGGGACUCCCCUCCAGCUGCCCCUGUCUGGGAAUGAGCUAAGCAGGGCUGAGAGCUUCCCCUGCUCAGCCACUGAAAUAGUGGCAAUAAAGCCUGG